AUGGUUCAGACUUUGACUUUGCAAUCGAGAAGAGAGAUUGAGCAUGAGAGGCCUAAAGCUAGAACAGAACAGACUCAGGAGGAUCCAGUUUUUGGAAACAAAGCUAAAGAUAAUGGAAAAGCAAAGGAGGAUAACCCCAGCUCUGAUGAAGAGCUACAAGUUGAUGAAGCUACGCUUAAAGAAAUGAGAAGGCAAGAAGGUAACUACUUUACUUAG